GUGGUUUAAAGAACCGUGUGACAUCUUAGUAAAUAUAUAUAUAUAUAUAUACACACACACACAUAUAUAAUAUUCAAAUAGUGGGGUGGUCAUACAUUUAUGCAUUUUCCACUUUUGCUAGCAUCUUUGACUAUCUUGCUGCUUCAGACAAUUAAGAAUUUUUUUCAAUGCUUAUAUUCAUAAUGGACAUCUCAGAUAAUUCUUCAGUGAAGACUAUGGUUGUGUAUCUCCCAAAAAAGGAGGACAAUUGUUAUAGUCAGCAGACUUCAAAAAUGCAUGUAUCAAACACACUGUUCUGAGGUUUUUGUUUUGUUUUUUCGGAACUAUAGAUCCUACAAAGGAAAUCUCAGUUUUAACCUAUGCCAUUUGCUAUUCUCUGUUUCUUCUCAGCAUUUGCUAGUGUACAUGUUAUCUAUAGCAUGGAGAAAUAUAACUUGUAUUGCUGAAUGUAUAAUUUUGCAAAGAAACUGACCCAUGAAGAGUAAUUUUUUAAAUUUCUAUUUCAGACAGGAACAUCCUAUACCUUUAGUUCCUUCCCAGCAUGUGUUACUGUUACCCCCAGCAACUCAUCAUUUAACUCAAUUGUUGCUAAUCCCACAAUUUCUUUAAAUAGCAGUGGUGAAGAAGUGAACAAUUCACCAGAAUAUUCCAGGUUUGUUCAUUUUGAUGGAUGUAGUAAUUUGUCUUGAAAAGUAAGACAGAAGUAAGAGAAGUUUUUAAAGCACUAAUAAAUGUCUGUAUGUAGGACUUGUUUGGCUAUAUAAUUACAAUGGUGAGAGAUAACUAAUUACAUACAUUCUGCAGAUAUGUAUUUCAUACACUUUAAUUAAAAUAUGUUUAAUUAUUUUUGAAAGCUUUAUUGACCUCAUGAGAAAAUUAUCUUUCUGGCACUUUAUUUAGAUAUGGUUAAGUUACUGUUAUUUUGUUUUUAGAAUCAAUCAAUCUCCUACUAACAUUAUUUUGCACUUUAGGAUACCAAAGAGCAAAGAGAUUACUGGACUACAAGCACAUGGUAUACAAAAAAUGAGACUGGCUUCCACAGGGCAGUUCCAACAAAUAAUUGGAUCACUCGAAAGUGUUCCUCUUUUUCUACCACUUAAUGGCCGUGAGAAUCAUAAUGAGAAGGAAAGGAAAAGACGAGGACGAAUCAAAAAUGCUUGUCAAGGACUCCGCAGUUUAGUUCCUGGUCUCAGUGAAAAGACAGAUAAAGCAACUGUGUUCGAGUUUACAGUGCAGUACCUUGUGCAUUUGAAGAAACACAUUGGGAUACAGUAUGAUAAGGAUUUUAUCGAGAAGUAUUUGCAGUACUAAAUAUCACAUUUACUGCACAGCUUCUGUCAUGUUCUUAGAACAGUAUCACCAGAUGACCAUAAAAGAAAGCAAUGUGAUUCUCAAAGAAAAAUGAAUUUUCUCUAUAAUUGUAUUCAAAUGUUUCAAGACGUGUAAAUAUAAUUUCCUCCAGGAUAUCACUGAUUUAAAACUAUUUCUUCAUCAUUCACAAAACA